CACAUCUCCUUUGGCUGCCAGGGCAGAGGGCUGGACGCGAGAGGGAACUCCGUGCGGCGCCACUGGCUCUGGCUAGGGCCUCGCCCGGGCUGGCACAGGACCACACGCCGCGUGCUGCCAUGCCCGGGCUGGGCUGCGUAGACAUUGAAAGGGAGCCCCAAACCCGGGUCCUGCACAAUUCUCCUGGGGUCACGGACUUUGGGGGAGGACAGGUAAGUGUGGUGUCAAGGGGUUCCCUCUUCAUCCUUUUCUGUUUAGUUCACUGUUACAUCAAAUCCAGUAGCUUCCAGAAACUAAGAGGAGGAGAGGCAGCCCUGAAGCCUAUUGAGGAGCAGAGGGAAGUCAAUUUAGGGUUUUAAGUUAGUGAUAGAAAAAGUUAGUGUAUGGUUCACAAUGGGAUGGAAGAAUGAAUGCCAUUUAAAACUUGUCUUUUCCAGAGGAAGAAAAGUUGGGAAGCUCUAUCUCAUUUUUCUAGUGGCUUCAUAAUGCAGGGACCUGCCCCGGGACAAAGGGGACCACAGGAGAAACACAGUGGGGAGCUUAGAGUUUGGGGGAAGGAGGUGAACUGUCACUGGCCCAUCACCAGCUAUUUUUCAGGGGUUUAAGUGGAGUUACCUUGUGGUCUGCACCUGAGAUCACUCACAGCGUGGGAGGGUAUGGUUUCCUGGCUUCAGAAAGCAGCUGUUUCAGCUGAGGAGGAAAUGAAGCUUGACAGGCUAGAACAGAAGUAGCAGGGGAGGCUCGUGGAGGGAUUUCCAGGCUGCUGUGCCUGACCUCUAAGGUGGAACUGCCUCCCUCAUUCUGCAGACCUGCUCCGAGACCAGGUGACUCUGUACUGUCUGUGCCUCCUUCCUUCUCAGCAGCCUGGCCUCUGCCACCUGCCCAGGAGGGCUCCGUGUCCUCCCAUCUCCUGGGUGGCAGGACAGACCAAGGGUUUAUACAAUGUCUUCCUAGGUAACCUCCUUUGAAAGAACAGGAGAGGUUAUCUAGUCCUAGUCCUUUUUGGGCAGGGGGUGGGCAGCAAGAGGGAAAAGUUAAACCAAUGGGUAGUCCAGGCUAGGAAUAUUGGCAUUAUUUCCUCCACUGAUCUAGGGGAAUCCACCUACAGACUGGUUGUUCUGCAGAAAAAUAAUUGAGAAUGAGACCAGGAAUCCUGUUGUCUAAGCCUAGGGCAGGAUGAGGCUUACCUAGUAACUGAUGAUGCCAGGCUGAGGCACUCUGCGAUUUGUCUCUACAUCUGUCCCCGCCUACCUGGCCAAUCUGACCAGGCUCAGUUUGGGACACGGGACUCCGAUGAGCUGGUGGGAACAGGUCUAGUGUCUGGGGGCUGGGUAGCACCAAAUCGUUGAUCUAGUGGGGAUCUAGGGGCCAGGGCAAUACCAUAUUCAGCUUAGUGUCUGGAGAUCAUCUACCAAGGCUGGGGCUUCUGGGACAGGCGGGGACCCAAGGCCCCUGGAAGAGUUGGUCCAGGGGACUGGACCAGCGGCGUCUUCACGGAACAGAGCAUGGCCACACUCCUGCCACUGCUGCUGGGCCUCAGCCUGGGCUGCAUAGGAGCAGGUGGCUUUGUGGCCCAUGUGGAAAGCACCUGUCUAUUGGACGAUGAUGGGACUGCCCAGGAUUUCACAUAUUGCAUCUCCUUCAACAAGGAUCUGCUGACCUGCUGGGAUCAACAAGAGGAAAAAAUGGCCCCCUGUGAAUUUGGGGUGCUGAAUGGCUUGGCCAGUUACCUGUCAGAUUACCUCAACCAGCAAGGCACCCUGCUCCAGCGCUUGCGCAGUGGGCUCCAGGACUGCGCCACGCACACCCAGCCCUUCUGGGGGUCACUGACCCACAGGACACGGCCACCAACCGUGCAGGUAGCCCAAACCACUCCUUUUAACACGAGGGAGCCUGUGAUGCUGGCCUGCUACGUGUGGGGCUUCUAUCCAGCAGAUGUGACCAUCACCUGGAGGAAGAAUGGGCAGCCCGUCACCCCCCACAACAGUGCCCAGAAGACUUCCCAGCCCAAUGGAGACUGGACAUAUCAGACCCUGUCCCACUUAGCUCUGACCCCCUCUUACGGGGACACCUACACCUGUGUAGUGGAGCACGUCGGGGCUCCUGAGCCCAUCCUUCAGGACUGGACACCUGUGCUGUCCCCCAUGCAGACAGUGAAGGUUUCCGUGUCUGCAGUGACUCUGGGCCUGGGCCUCAUCAUCUUCUCUCUUGGUUUGAUCAGCUGGAGGAGGGCUGCCUCCUCUAGUGAGUGACCCUCUGAACUUCCAUCCCCACCGCUGCUCCCAGUCUCUGCUUACUUGCUGUUUGUGACUGACGCGCUCAUUCCUACCCCAUUUGCUGUGAAUAUUGCUGGAUACUUUUAUCUGCAAAGACUGGGCUAAUCAAGUGUUUUUCUCUCUUAGGCUAUAUUCCUCUCCCUGGGUCCAGUUAUCCAGAAGGACGGCACAUUUCCUAGAGGCAGAAUUCUACAAUUUCCACUCUGAGUGAGAAGGAGAUGCAAACUCUAACUGAUAAUACCAUGCCUCCCCAACCUCUUCAAAGCCCUGGCAUUUUCCUCAAUUCUAUGGUUUCUCCAUUCUUCUCUGAAUUUCCCAGUCCCCCGUAUACAAACCUUAGCAACUUGGGGAACUCAUUCCUGGGAAUAUUCUGUAACCAAAUUAUUGUCCAAGGCUAUAUUUCUGAGGUGAAUAUAAUCUGGGGAAGGGAAUUAUAGGCCCUCCUGGGGGCUUCAGUGUGCCACAGAGGGUAGUGAGUCACUGGUGACCAUUUCUGAGAAAUAAACUCUGGUGGAAAUGAG